GAUAGGAGCAGAAGCGAAUUAUGGAGGGUGUGAGUGGUGAAACUGGGUGCAACUUGUAUCAAUGAUUAAUUUGGCGCGUGGCGUGCCUUCAAUGGUUUGCGUGUGAUUUUCAGUUUCAUAUUUGCAACGGUUUAUCGAUUAUUGAUUAUUGAUUUAUCUUGUCGAUUAAAAAUAUAAUUUUUCUAUAUCCUGAAAUCCAUAAUAUGUCGAAUGAAUUUGUACAUUCCGUUACGGUCCCACGUAUUUACAAGUGCACAGCCAAUAUCGUACGCCGUGUACGAGAGGAUGGUGCCAGCUUGAAAACUUUGAUUUACGAGAAGAAACAUCCCAAUGUAGCCGGAAUAUACGGUCUUUCGGUGAAUACCUUACGAGCGCUACCUCAGUUAGACCAACUGCUCGACAAGACCCAAAUUCUAAGGGAACAACCGCGUUUAGAUCCUUGGUUAGCCAGAGUUCUCAUAACGGAGCUUUUGUGGCGCAAGGGAUGCCUGAAGAGCGGUUCCAAGCCAGUUUUAACUGUUCUGGCUUAUGAAAACAAGUUACGAGAAGAAUUCAAGAAUCUCGCCCACGUAGAAACCCUCGUUGUUGAUAAAGAAAAAGUGAUAAAACCUAGAUACGUCCGUAUCAAUACUCUUCUAUUAUCAGUGGAAAAAGCCAUUUCCAUCUUUCAGGAGGAUGGAUGGCAAUUACUAUCCAGAAGUACAACAUAUUCUUCAUAUCUACGAUCUUUAUCACAAUUAUCAAAACCAUAUUUUAUACAAGAUUUGCAUAUACCAGAAAUAUUGGUUUUUCCAUCCUCGACACUUUUCCACGAACACAACGGCUAUAGAAAUGGCGAACUUAUUCUUCAGGAUAAGGCUAGUUGCUUCCCAGUACAUUUGUUAGAUCCUGUUCGUGGUUCCGUUGUGUUGGACAUGUGCGCCGCACCCGGCAUGAAAGCUACUCAUGUAGCAGCAAAACUACAAAAUUGCGGGAAAGUUUAUGCCGUGGAGAUUGAUGCUAAGAGAUUUGAAAUUUUAGUCAGUCAGAUAAAAAAGACUCAUUCCUCUUGUGUGGAAUCUCUCAAUCAAGAUGCCUUGACACUCGAUCCAAAGCUAUAUUCACAUGUGGAAUAUAUUCUAGUCGAUCCACCUUGUUCUGGAUCAGGCAUUGUCGACCGACCAAAACAGAGCGAUAUGGAUGGUAAACCUGAAUUAGAGCGUUUGCAAAAUCUACAAUCCUUUCAAGUUUAUCUUCUUAGAUAUGCGCUGUUUAAUUUUCCAAAUGCAAAGAGAAUAAUUUACAGUACAUGUUCUUUACAUCCCGAGGAGAAUGAGGAAGUGAUAGACGAAGUUCUCGCCGAUAUUGGUAACGCUUAUCGUUUGUUACCAGUUAGACAAUUGCUCAAAAAUAAUUGGAAAAACUUCAGCUCAGCGAAAUACAACUGCGGGGAUACAUGUUUGUAUUCAAAACCAGAUGAUGAUUUUUGUAAUGGGUUUUUUGUAGCAGUAUUCGAGAGGAACUUUGAUGUGACAUUGCCAAAAUGCAAAUCCAAAGGGGGUAACGAAUAUAAAAAUCUAAUAAAGGCUAAUUUGAAUGUCGAGAAAGAUAGCAUGACGAAAACAGCCGCGUAUAAGCAAGACGGAAAGAAGAAAAAAAUUUUAAUGCCUCAUGAAUUUGAUGAAAUGAGGAUAUCGAAGAAUACUGUUGAAGUUAUAGUACCUGAAAUAAAAAGCGGAGUAAAGACAAAAAAGAAUAAGAAAGAAGUAGAAAAAAUGGAUGCCAGCAGCGAUUUAUGCAGUUUUAAUCGUGAAUUAACAUCGAAUGAAUCGAAAGAUAUACAAAACAAGACAUUAAAAGACAUGGAAACGAGAAAAUCAAGGAAGAAAAGAAAAUUAAAGGAUAAAAAUGUACUGAAAAUAAAAAAAGAUAAGAAAAUGGUGGAAGCUGAUUAUGAUGAAGAACAACAAAAUUCGGAAACUAAAAUUGAACUGUCGAAAAUAAAAGAAGAAAAAAGGAUGAAAAUAAAGAAAUAAUCAAAAUGGAUGAAAUUUAUUAAAAAAAGAAAGAAAGAAAAAAGCAAAGUAAAAUAGCUGUAACUGAAUUAUCAAAGAAGAGAAAAAGAAGUAACAAAAGUUGUUGGAUAAGAAUAAAUAGUGUCAAAUGAGGAAAAAGAA